AGAAACACAAACUGAAACCAGAAACACAAAGAGAGAGUCGAUGUCGAAUUCAGCGGACAACAAAGAGCCACCGCAUAAGAAGAGGAAAACGUCUCCGCCUGAUUCAUCAUGGUCUCCGUUAUCGUCGCUGCCAGAUGAGAUGAUUCUGAGCUAGGUAUUUGACCCAAAGACUCAAACUUGGGACUCUUUGCCUCCAAUGCCGGAUCGGAUUAAACGAGAUCAGUAUAUCCACGACAGUGUGGUGGUGAGGGGGGACAAGAUUUACGCAGUUGAUGGAAUUGAUAGAACCUAUUGCUACUCGCCGAGUGAAGGUAAAUGGGGAAGAGGUAAUGAUGCUCCAACGAAUGGAAACAGAAGGGAUUGGUGUGUGAUUGAUGGUUUGAUAUUCUGUAUUGCUCGCAGCGGAAGUGUGUAUUGGUGUGAGCCAGAUCAGUUGGAGUGUGAACCAGAGGGGAUGUAUUGGAGGAAGGUCAAAGGUUUGGUCUCUCUCAAGAAGAGACUCUCUAGCUCUAGACUGGUUCACUUUGAUGGGAAAAUUGAGGCUUUGUGGGAGUCGUACAAGAUCACUAUUGGUAGAGACAAAAAGCUCAUUGAUUUACUUCCCGGGACCAGACUGAGCAACUCAGGUUCCAACAUUGUGCUGUUGUGGGACGUUAUCGAGGAGGAUCAUCUUGAGAUUUGAGGAUGGGGACAAGGUAAUGAAAAUCCUUCCAACAAAACAAACGACAGUCAACUAAAGAAGAAGAGCUUGUGGGAGAGACACAACCUACAAUUUUCUGGAGGCGUUAAGCUCUAUAUGAGUCUCCCAUUGGUAGCUGGUGAGAUGGGGACUCAUGUAGAGCUCAUGGAGGUCUAUGUAUUUCCAGUUGUCAGGGCCUCUUUGUUUUUCGCAAUGGGAUUCUCUGGCGCAGCUCCGAUUCUGUACAAGCUGAUCAUCUUUUGGGAUCAACCUGAAGCACGUCACACAACAGGUUAUGAGAUUUUGAUGGAUGUUGAAGAUGAAGGAAGAUUAGAAGGAAUCUUGGUGAUGUUAUGAAUCUUGUUUGUAGCUUCAUAUAAAAAUUGGAUUAUGUAAAGUCUUAUGUGUAAUCAAAUGUUUGAUAUUUUCCUUUAUUUAACAAAGGAUUCGUAUUGAACAUAUGACUAGUUAGAGAAGCUGAAGAAGAAUGUUGUAACAAGUUAGGGUGUGUGAAACCAUAAAGGCUGUGUCUUGCU